AUGGGCCGGUAUCAGAAGACGGUCGUUGCACCAUAUUGGACUUAUGCUCAGAUAACUUUUGAAGUACUUAAGGCUCGAGCCCAUUCUGGCCAAAUGGGGUUUGUUUCUUGCUACAACCUAGCAGAUAGGAUUCCCAAAUGCCAGAUCGUUACUAUAUAUAGGUGGAAUUUUGACUUAGAGGGGGCUGAUGCAUACCGCAUCAAAGGAAUGGUGAUGUAUCGGGGUAAUAGGGGACGUAGAUUGAACAAAUACUGGAGACCCAUGACCUCUCAAAAGGAUUCGGAAAGGGCUGGGGGCCAAAUUGCGAUCCGGGGUAGCCGCGAGCGCCGAAACAGGAAUCUUCAGGCCCUGUCAGUUCUCCGAGACAGAAAUAGCCGAUGGAGAGCAAAAGUGGGCGGCCUGAGGGGUCCGUCAACUGUUCUAGGCGGUGGAAAACGGGGGUUAAACGAGAAGUGGGUCAAGCUGCCAAAGGCUGGGUUAAGAUUAGCGGGCCAUUUGUGGAAACAGCCCAUGGAGCCGAUGGAAGAUGUUUUCCAGCAGUGA